CAGAGCACCAGAGUCCCGGUGUGGGCAGACAUAGCACCGGGCAGACUGUGCGCUGAGGUCUGUGAUGUCACGUGUCUGUAGUCUAUGACAACCCGAGCCGUCUGGACCGUAGGCUUCCUGGAGUCGGACCGACAGCCACACAUGAGACUGCUGAGCCGCCGCCGCCUCCUCCAGUGACACAUGAGACUGCUGAGCCUCCUCUAGUGACCGCCGCUUGUCUGUGUCUCUCUCUGCCUGCGGACGUUCAGCCGCUAACAGCAAAACCAGCAACAUGUUUGACAAAACGAGGAUCCCGUUCGUGGUCCUGGACGUGGUGUGCGUGGUGCUCGCUGCCUUACCAUUGGGCGUUUUAAAGUUGAUCACAAAAAAGCCAUAUCAGAGGGGUUUUUUCUGUAAUGACGAGAGCAUCAAGUAUCCAUUCCAUGACAGUACCGUCACCUCCACUGUACUCUACACAGUAGGGUUCACUCUGCCUAUAUGCUCUAUCAUUUUAGGGGAAGCCCUGUCUGUAUUUUUUAACCGGUUGCAGUCAAACGGCUUUAUCAGAAAUCACUAUGUUGCGACUAUUUACAAAGCCAUUGGCACGUUCAUCUUUGGAGCCGCCGUAAGCCAGUCGCUGACAGAUAUCGCCAAGUACACUAUAGGGCGCCUGAGGCCUCACUUUGUGGAUGUUUGUAAACCAGACUGGACCAAGAUCAACUGCAGUGCAGGAUACAUUGAGAACUUUGUCUGUCAAGGAGAUCUGGUGAAGUCCAGUGAAGCACGGUUAUCCUUUUAUUCGGGCCAUUCUUCUUUCUCAAUGUAUUGCAUGCUCUUCCUAGCGUUGUAUCUUCAGGCCAGGAUGAGAGGCGAUUGGGCAAGAUUAUUACGUCCCACCGUUCAGUUUGCUCUUGUUGCGGUGUCCAUCUAUGUCGGUCUGUCCAGAGUUUCUGACUAUAAGCAUCACUGGAGCGACGUGCUGAUCGGACUGAUCCAAGGGGCAAUUGUUGCUGUUCUUAUUGUUGUUUACGUGUCUGAUUUUUUCAAAAAGAAGAACUGCGGGUUCAACCAAAAAGAAGACGACUCUCAUACGACCCUGCACGAGACAUCAACAAAUGGGAACCACUACGGCAACAGUCACCAGCCCUAAAAGCCCCUUAUGGCUGGAAGAAAUAAUUUUUUUCCACACCGUAUUAAGAGUUAAUUCUCUUAAUCUAUUUAAUUAGCCUUAAACCCUAUUAGUGCUGGAGAGGCUAAUCCUGCAUGGCACUUAAGCCUUCUACGUUGCACCCGUCUUGUAUGCACCACUCAAGCAGCCAUUUUUGUGGCCGGAAUCCACAUGAAAACGCAGUAUGUAGGCGCGCUGGGGAAGACGCUGCCUUUACAUGACUGAGUACGGAUGACAAAAAGGCUGCCUAUACCUUUUAUGUAAAACACGUGCAAUGGACAGCUGCUGCUACUACCUGUUGGAUGCCCACUUUGUAUAUAGUUAUAAAGAACACCUUUUAUGUAUAUGUUAAAGCUUUAAAGAUAAAUUGUUUAAUUCUUUUAUAGGCUUUGAUCACACUGGUUGUUUUUAAUUUACCGCCUCCCCCUUUCUACCCUUUGGGUUUAAGUAUUAGAAAAAAUACCUAAUUUCCCAAGGGAACCCUGACAGGCCCCAUUUUAAGUUUAUUAUAGUGGCUCUGUUGUAAAUGGAGCCAUGACGUGUGUACAGAGCCCUAUUAACUAUACAGAUGAGAGAAUGAAAUGUGGUAUUAAAAUUGUACUUUUUU